GAGAUUCGAAAGCUCUCCCCCCCAAACCCCAGCAGAAGCCAGAGCGAAGGCGAAUCAGCUGGCAUGAUUGCAUCAACAUUUUCGCGUCAAUUUCGUCGGGUUUUACGCCUCCCUUCAGCUCUCGGGACAUCUCCGGGGGCGGCGGCGGGGCAGAUCAGACACCAUGGAUCCUAUUAUCCAAUUGACGAUACGAUGUUCGGGCUCUCGGAGGAGGAACAGCAGCUCCGAAAGACUGUCUUCGACUUUGCACAGAAGGAACUCGCCCCCAAAGCAGGAGAAAUUGAUAAGGAAAACACCUUUGUUGGGAUGAGGGAAUUUUGGAAGAAAAUGGGUCACCUCGGCUUGCUUGGUAUCACAGCAGACCCAGAAUAUGGCGGCUCUGGCAUGGGGUACUUCGACCACUGCAUUGUCAUGGAGGAGCUGUCAAGGGCUGCGGGUGGGAUUGCGCUGUCAUACGGGGCCCAUUCGAACCUUUGUGUCAACCAGAUCAAUCGCAACGGCACCGUGGAGCAAAAGGAGAAGUAUUUGCCUAAGCUUUGUUCAGGAGAGCAUGUAGGAGCUUUGGCAAUGUCUGAACCAGGGUCAGGGAGUGACGUUGUGUCCAUGAAGCUUAAGGCCGAGAAGAAGGGUGACUACUAUGUACUGAACGGCAACAAGUUCUGGAUCACCAAUGGGCCUGAUGCUGAUGUCCUUGUGGUCUAUGCCAAAACCAACCCCACUGCCGCUAAGGCCCAGCAUGGCGUCUCUGCAUUCCUGGUCGAGAAGGGCAUGGAGGGAUUUAGCACUGCCCAAAAGCUAGACAAGCUGGGCAUGCGAGGUUCCAACACGUGCGAGCUGAUAUUCGAAGACUGCAAAGUGCCCGAGAAGAACAUGCUUGGCAAGAGGGACGGCGGCAUCUACGUCCUGUUUUCUGGGCUUGACCUGGAGAGAUUAGUGCUUGCAGCUGGACCUGUAGGGUUGAUGCAGGCUGCAUGUGAUGUUGCCUUUGAGUAUGUGCACGUUAGGAAGCAGUUCAACACAAGGAUCGGUGAAUUCCAACUGAUGCAGGGCAAGAUCGCAGACAUGUACUGUGAUCUGAAUGCCUGCCGCUCUUACCUCUAUGCAGUGGCCCGAGCAUGCGACAAGGGCCACUUCAGCAACAAGGACUGCGCUGGUGUCAUCCUCUACUGUGCGGAGAAGGCCACUCAGGUCUGCUUGCAAGCUAUUCAGUGUCUAGGUGGCAAUGGUUACAUCAAUGACUAUGCAACUGGAAGACUUCUGAGGGAUGCGAAACUGUAUGAAAUUGGUGCGGGAACGAGCGAGGUGCGACGCCUCGUGAUUGGUCGCGCUCUCAACUUCGAGUACAAAUAGGCUUGACUGAUGCAGAUUUAUUUUUUCCUUUUGCAGUGAAGAUGAAAGAAAUGGAAAAACAGAGAGGGCCAUUUGUAUUUAGAACAAUUAUUGUGAUAUUAAUAUUUUUGAACUUUAUUUCAUAAAUAUAUAUAUUUUUUGUUUGAUGCAACACAAUUGUCUCAGCUGAUUGUCUUUGUACCUGAUUCCAGCCCCUUUAUAUAAAAACUCAGACAGUUAACAAGACAAGACUCAUUGUAGGGUCCACAACCUUUAAAAAAACAGGCAUUGUAGCAUGCAUUGUAAAAUUGUUUUCCUUCUUGUUCCAAUUAAUUUUAUUGUGCCAUAUAGAAAAGGAACAAUAUCAAUAUUUUAUUAAACAACAAAACUACACAUAAUUUCUUCAGUUGUACAAAGUAAUUGUUCAGUGCAUGGUAUCCUCUUUAAACUGUUAAACUGAUUCUCCAAGGUAAGAAAAAGUUCCCUCUGAUUAGAAUCUUCAGUCAAAAUGUUUCAAAUUUGUUUCCCAACCCAGAUUCUUUACAGGAUAGUAUGGCUUUCUGUCACUCCUUGCUCAAUAACACAUACUCUGCCACUUCAGAACACUGAGUUCAUGACAUUUUUAGUGUAUAUUUUACUGAUUAGAACAUAAUUGGUAUUUAAUAGAAUAUGUGCAAAUAGUGGGGUAACUCUGCUGUUUUGUCUGGAGAAGGGCAAAGCUAUCAAGAUUGAUAUAUCAAAUAGAAUUCUGACAUUUUUAUGUAUAAUGGAAUUGGCCAUAUAUGGCACUUAAUUAUUUUGAUCAUGUAUUCGGUCAACUAGAGAAAAAUGUCAAUUUUCAAUUAUUCUCUGUGCAGCUUAAUCAAAUAUUUAUUUUUUAAGCAUUAUUAUUAUUAUGUAGGAUAGAAAAGUUAUGAAUGAGAAUUAAUAUCUUCACAAUAUGUAUUUAACCAGUUUUGAAUAUAUUUCUGAUAAAGAUGUAUCCAAAACCAAUUCAAUUCAUUGCUUGUAUUGUGAAGAUAUUCUUACUUAUUAUUCAUACCUUUUCUACACAUGUCAACAUGAAGAUGGUUCAUUAUUAUUAUUAUUAUUACUACAAAUUAGCCAAGGUUGUAUAUAUGUGAUUUGGUGCCAGCAAAGGAUUCAGAAACCAACAAGUGAAGUUUACUAUACUACUUAAUGGGUUGUAAGCUUCAUCUAUAGGUGGGAUUAUGUACACUUAUCAAAAUUUGCCAAAUAAAAUGUUAUGGUAAAUUUUCUGUAAGUUAGAAUCAUAAUAUCAGAAUCAGUUGGCGAUGCUAGGUCAUAUGUAACAUUAUUAGACAUGGGGUCUGAGACUGUGGUUGAUAAAUUUCACUGAAUUUUUGGUGUAAAAUUACUGCUCACUGGGUUGUUAGCAAAUUUGAAGAGUGAAAUUGUUAGUUACUAAAGAAAAAAAAAAUACUUAAAUUAAACAAAAUAAUAGCUGAGAAUUCUUCCAAUGGUGUUUUCAUAUGAGAUUAUAUUCAUGUCUAUUAUGUUUCGAUGUGUGGCAACUAACUAAUAUUAGCAGUAGUUGAUUUGGAAACAUUUUUAUGUAUUCAUAUUUUUUACUCACAAACCUCGUUUCUAGCUCUUGUUGUAAAUCACUCAAUUGUAGAUAUGUUUCAGUUCUGGGUGACUUUUUCAUACUGCAUUCACUUUUUGAGAAUGAUCAGCUUUUUUAAGCAGUUUUAUUAACAGCACAAUAUUCAGUGGAUCAGAAUCAUUAUUAUACAUAAUGUAUAUAAACAAAAACUUUUAGACAUUCACAGCUUCCACUGUUCAGGGAUAAUAUAAUGAAUUAAUAUGUGCAUUUACACUGCCCAAUGUUUAGGAAAAACAAGUAUGGUUUUAUUUGAUAAUGUGGUUGCUUUGGCAUUAUGAACUAUGGCCAUCUGUCAGAUAUUAAUUUUUUUUGUAUUUUAAUUUAAAUAUAAAUUUUAUGAACUGAUGUGUGAAUGUACAUUAAAUAAGUGAAGCAGUAAUUUACAGUGAUAUGACCAAAGGAUUGGAGAACGUGUCCUUACCAUGUUAGUAUGUGUUACUUUACACAAGAAAUAGUAGGGUUUGGUUCUGUUAUGUGUUCAUGUAGAAAUGUAGAGUCAAGGUGGUGAUAUUUACAAAUUAUUGGAUUUAGUUUUGUAGUAAAAUAUGAAUGAA